AUGGGAGGUGUCCAGCCCGUUCAUUACGAUCCGGAAACUGUCAAAGAGCUGACCCAUGAGCUUUUGGUAGCCUCUGGGAUUGGCGCCUUGAGAGGCGCCGCUAUCGGCAUCACUACUGCGCUAUUGAUGAGGAGAUUUUCCACUGUGUAUAGAACUGUCAGAACCCAGGUCAGGGUUUUCUAUCACAUUUCCUGGAUUUCCAUGGGAGCAGUUUUUUACGCUGACAGGCAGCUCAUUAAAUUCCAGAACCGAUACCAUGAAAAAGAAGCCAAGAGAAGGUCGAGGAUACUUGAUGAAGCAGCCGACAGAGGAAUUUUCCUGGAAGAAGACGUUACGGUGUCCAGCACCACGUCGUAA